UUAUUAUUAUUAUUAUUAUUAUUAUUAGUAUUAGUAUUAUUAGUAUUAUCAUUAUUAUUAUCAGUCUAUGGGUAAAACCAGAGACUGUUACGGGCUCUGGUAAAACUACCCACGUUUGUUUGUGAGUUGCUAUGGUGACACUUAGGUUAGCUAACCUUGGAUAGCUAACGUUAGGUAGCUAGGAGUUAACACAGGUUGAUAAAAGUUUAAACGGGAAAAAGAUAGGAGGAGAAAAGAUAUAAGAAUGACCCAAACUGACGACGUGGACCGGUUAGUGGACAACCUAAUAGAAGAUGAUGCUGAGAGAGAGAGUCUUCUUGCCAAACCCACCUGCUUCAUUAUAGUUGGAAGACCGGGUGUUGGCAAAUCUACCUUGGCCAAAAACAUUGCAGAGUCCUGGAAGUGUGUCUUAAUUGAUGAUACAGAUCUGCUCAACACACACAUUAAAAAUAAAACAAAGCAAGGUGUAGAGAUCUUGAAUAUCUUAUCUGAGGGAAGAAGUAUACCAGAAGAAAUGGUGCUCCAGCUGAUUCUUGCCAAGCUUAACUCACACCAUGUGGAGCACUACGGGUAUGUACUGAGCUGCCUACCGUUCCUGUCAGAAGAGUGUCUGAAGAUUCAGGAGCAGCUUGAGCUGAUCAAAAACUUCAAACUAACACCUGAUUUCAUCAUCAACAUCAAGUGUGCAGACAAGGACCUGGUCCACCGGCUGUCAGAUCUGAAGCAGCACCCAGAGACAGGGCAGCUGUACAACAGGGAUCAGUGGAAGCGUGAGGAGGUGUUUAACAAGAAGAAGGAGAACAAGGACCAGGAAGUGGAGGAUGAGGAAGAGGAGGAGGAAGAGCAGGCUGGGGAAAAAGAACUCCAAAAACAUAUUAUUGACCAGAUGGUGUGGACACCAGAAAAUUUGGCCAGAAAUGCUUUUUCUAGACUCACUAUGUACAAGAAUACCAUGCUCAGACCACUGGAGGACUACAUGACAGAACACAACCCCCUCUACCUGUUCGAGUUGGACGGAAACAGAACACCUGAAGAGCUGCACUUGUCUGUAAUGUCCCGUCUUGGAUCCAUGGCAAUAAAGCGUGUCUCCAUUCCAGUCCUCCUCCACCAGACUGAUGAUGAAGAAUUGCCAGAAGACAUUGACACGGAGGACCUAAUGAGAGUCAUGUCCUCCUCCAGGACAGUGGCUCCCAGCUUCAACUGGAAAAGGAGCCGCUGGGGCCGAACUUGUCCUGUAGCUCUCAGGGAGGGCCAGGUCAUUCCUGGCAAGCCUGAAUUAUGUGUGGGCUUCCAGGACAAACUGUACAUCCUCUCAUCUCAGGAGGCCUGCCAGAAGUUUUUCAUAAAUCCCCGACGGUAUUUACUUCCUCCAAUGCCCAGGCUCCCUUGCAGAGUUUCCAUCAUUGGACCUCCACAGGCAGGGAAGAGCACUCUAUGUAAGCUUCUAGCUCAGCACUAUAAUGCAUUGGUGCUUGAUAUGGAGGUGCUGGUGCAGCCGGUUCUGGACAAGGUUGAGCAGGAGAGGCUUGACAAAAUCAAAAAGGAGAUAACAAAGGUCGCUAUAGAAAAAAUCAAGAUGAAGAUGGAGAAGGAUGUCAGAGAGAAUUUAGAUGAAACCAACUCUGUAGAAGUGACAGAGGAUCAUCCAGAGGUACAAACCAUGGUGCUCACUGCGCUAGAAGAGGCCAAACAUCAGAGCACAUCUCCCUUUGGCCUGUAUGCUGAGGUGCUGGAGAAGCGUGUAAAAGAGAUUGAAGAGGCUGACACUGAUGCAGAUGUCAAAACUGGCUGGGUGCUAGACAACUUUCCCAAGAACCUUUCCCAAAUGAAAGCCUUACAGCAAGCUGGAAUUAUGCCGGACACCCUCUUCUGUCUCAAAGACAGUGAUAGCAAUGAAGUUUUGAAGAGAUUGUACGAGAUGAACAAGGAGAGCGUGGACAAAGCAGUGAGCAAGAGGUUGCAGGACGAACAAUCUGAGAAGGAGAAAGUAGUCAUAAAGCAGAAGGAACCGGAAUCAAAGGUAGAUGCCGAGCCUGCAGUGCUGCAAACAAAGCUAGAGACAGUUGCUGAAGAGACCGAAGAAAAUCCUAAACAGUCUGACACCACUAGCCCCCUGCAUCGUGCCAUCGUUGAAGAGGAAGCUGUGGUACUACCUGAUCACUGCGACUUGGGUUAUCCAGACGGCCCGGAGAUGAAUGACUAUAAACUGCAACUGCAACAGUUUGUGUACGAAUGGGACCAAAUGCAGUCUGCUUUAACUGUCCCACCCUCUGUACUGAAGAUUGGCAACCAAAGCCCUGAAGACCUGCUUAAACAGAUGGUCCUUUACAUGGAAAAACCCUUUCAGUAUGUGUCCUGGGAACUGACAGCAACAGACCUGGACAAGGAGGCGGAGGAUAUGGAGGCCUUAGCUGAGCUGGAGAGAGCUGAGGAAGGCAGCAGUGAAAAUGAUGCAGCUGAGGAGGAAGAACAGGGGGACGCAACAACCAAGAGAGUAUUAGGCGAUACCCAUCAUUUCUGCCCUGUGGCCUUUAAAAACCAUAACGUCCUGUGUCCCUGUACGAGUGAAAUUGCAGCCAAGUACCGGGAGAAGACCUUCUAUUUCUCGAGCCAAGCAGCCAGGGACUCUUUCCUUCAAAACCCUGCACAUUUUGUUGCACAGACUGGGCCUCUCAAGCCUCCUGCCCUGCGGAUCUGUUUGCUUGGCACCCGAGGGUCAGGCAAGACCUCUCAGGGUGAAAGGCUAGCCCAACAGCUUGGCAUUUUCCAUAUUCAGUUCAGGGAGCAACUCCAAAUGCUCAUCAUGGCCAAGACAAAGGGGCAGGUACCUUAUUCUGAUGAGGUGGAGUCUCCAGAGGAGUCUGCUGACGACUUGGAGGCUCUGAUAGAGGAAGCCAGGGGGGGGGACGAGGAGGAGGUGGAGGAGAACUCCGACAACACAAAUGACAUGGAGCAGGAAGUGGUCCUGACUGAUGAGGAAAUGGCCAUCAAAGCCUACCUGUCUGACGGAGAUCCACUUACCCCAGAGAUCCUGGAUAUGAUUAUCGCACCAUACUGGAAUCAGGAACCAUACAUGUCUACAGGUUUUAUUUUGGAGGGCUUCCCUCAAAAUCCCGAUGAGGUGCAGUACAUAUUGCAGCGACAGCUUUUUCCUGACACUGUGGUACAUUUGGUGGUGGAUGUCACAGAUGUUCAGAAGCGUCUGUUGCCGACGUACCUGGAGAAGUGGCGUGAGCGCCACAACCGCCGUGAAGCACAGCUAAACCUCCUUUAUGAUCUACGUAAGCAGAACCGGGAGAACAACAUUGCAGAGAGAAGGGCUGAACUCACGAAGGCAGCCAAAAACAAACCUAGAAAUCUUGUGGAUGAAGAAGAUGAUGAAGAGGAUGAAACUGCAGGCAACAUAGAGGAAGAGAUAGAGGCCAUGCUGGAGGAAGAGUUUCCUCUAGAAGAGGAUAAAGACAUGGAGAAUAAAGAGAAUGAGGAUGCGGCGUCUGAGAGGCUGGAGAUGGAGAUUGCAGAGCGUUAUGUGACAGAUGAAAACAGCCUUGUUACGGUUAUGGAGCUCCUGAGUGAACUAAACAUACCCAAAGUGUCAAUCAGGGCAUCUCGCAAGCUCCGGAUCGUUCAGCAGAAGCUGCUUCAGGAAAUCCAGCCCCUGCUGACCAACAGGGAGUCACUCUUCCAAAAAUGCCAACCCAUCUCAUACAGCCUGGCACAUAAGCUACUGCUCUCUUCUUAUAAGCUCCACAGCGCCUUUGGCUGCUCGGACCCCGUAAAGCACUACAAAGAGAGAGAUUUGAUCCAGCCUCUGCAGUGGCCCCUCAAUACCACAUAUCCCCUAAUCUUCCAUCAGUUUAUCUACUUUUUUGCAACUAUGGAGAACCGUAACACAUUUAUGCUGAACCCCUUGAAGUACCUUAGGCAGCCAAAGCCGACCCUGUCCCUUCCUGUUAAAAUGGCUGUUGUUGGACCACCCAAAUCUGGAAAAACCACUGUGGCACAGAUGUUUGCUCAGAAAUAUGGCUUGGCCUGUCUGUCCAUUGGCGGCGCUAUGCGUAUGGUGCUGAACAAUCAUGAGCACACUGAUCUGGCUGUCCAGAUGAAAAAGCAUCUCUCCCAGGGACUCGUUGUUCCUGAUGAACUGGCCAUUCAGUGUCUGGAGGUGGCACUUAUGAGCUCGAUCUGCAGCACUCGAGGGUACGUGUUGGAUGGCUUUCCAAAGACACUUAAGCAGACAGAGCUGAUGGCGUCUCGGAGCAUCAUCCCUAUGAUAGUAGUAGAGCUGGAGCUGGCCUUAGUGGAGGUGCUGACGAGAGGUCUCCUGGACAAGAUGAAGCCCAACAAGCCUUACCUGAUGCAUGACAGCUCAGCGAUCCUCCACAUCCGUAAUUCCUGUUACAAGCAGGAGAUGGAACAUGUGAGGCUACACUUCCAAAAACAAUAUCAGAACUGGAUCCUGCUCGAUGGCUUGAAAAGUAAAUGGUGGAUCUGGAACAGCAGCUUAAAGGAGGUCAGCAUCAGCAUGAAAUAUAUCCACAGCUACCUGGAGAGGACGCGCAACCGGGAAGCAGCAUGCAUCAACAGAAUGUGCAUCACACCCAAUGAGCUGCAGCAUCGGCUUGGAGAGUUUGGACAGUACUGCCCUGUCUGCCUGGCUCUACAUCAACACCUGGUGGACUGCUCAGAAAUUGCAGCCUUAACUCAUGCAGCUGAGUACAGGGGACACUAUUACAAGAUGUGUGGCGAAGACCAUUUAGAGCGGUUCCUGACUACUCCUGAUCAGUUUGUGACUCCUGGCUGCCCACACACCCUCCCACCACCCCAGCUGCUGCCCCGAAAGCUCACUGAGAUCCAGGUGAAGAACAAGUUCCCACAGCAAGUUGAGAUGAAAGGCUUCUGCCCGGUCACUUAUCUGGAUGGAAAGCAAAGGUAUGAAGCCCUGGUACAAGGAAAGAUGGAAUAUGCAGUGGAAUACAGAGAACAUAUCUACAUUCUUGAGACAAAGCAGAAACAGGACAAGUUUUUGAGGAUUCCUGAAACCUACUGGGACCAGAAGCUGCCCAGUAAAGUUCCUCCUCUUUGUGAACCUGUACCCCUCACCUCCCUUCCAACGUUGGGCUACCUGGAGCAGGGUGUGGCAGUAUCAGUCAUCAAGGCCAUGACAGCUGUUGGGUGUCUCAAACCUAAGUAUCCCUUCCUCAGUAUACAAAGAUCUUCACUCCUCUAUGUGGCAUUCUAUCUGAAAGGUUUCAACCACAAGAGCACAGACUACACCCGCCAGAAGUACAAAAAGAAGCUGGCCUUGUUUGAAGAGAACUGUGCGCUCAUUCCCUACCUGAGCUCAACAAUGACAGGGACCUACAAGCCUCCCGGUGAACGUCCCAUCGACUUUGAGUUCAAACUUAAUAGGUUCCUGGCCUUGGGAGAAUUGCCAAUUGCCAACAGUGCGCUGUAGCGGUUUUUAAUGUUGUCUGCCUGCUCUGUCAUGUUGUAUGAAGAACUGUGCAACAAAAAAGUUUGAAAGCAACCCGCUUUAAGAGUUUAUUUUAUCAAUAGCAUGUAAUAAAGCAUUCUUCACUGUCA